AUGAACUACCUCUUACUGGAUAUCACCAGUCCCGCGCUUCGCUUCCCACCUGCCAUUUUGGCACCAUCUCGCACAAGAUUUCCCUUCCAAUUAGCUAUAAACGUUCCGGAUGAAGCCAACCUUCCACAGGCUACACUCUUCCAGGUGGUAGACAUCUGCAACAUCACAGAGCUGCUCAUCACCCAGUUAGAUAACUGGGAAGCACUACACGACCCCAGCAGUGUAUCGGUUGACAAGUUGCGCAAUGCCGCCAAUACUGGCAUCAUUCGUAAUGUUGAUCUUGACGCCAGCGACCAGCCGAUACAAGGUCCUCCAAAGCCCUCGUCGUCCAACAACCGCACGCGUACGUUCAAGUUGACUCUCCAGGACACCCUGGGAGCUUUGUGCUACGGAUUUGAAAUGGAGAAGCUUGCAUUCCUAGCGGGGCAGACCAUGGGGUCUGAUUUCCCCAUUACGCUAGGAGCCAAAUUAGUGGUCAAGAGUGGAACGUUGAUGGUGAAGGGUGUGUUGUUCUUGACAAAUGCCAGCGUGGAGUUUCUAGGGGGUGAGAUUCCGGCUUUGAAUGUAGAUUUGGCUAAGAGACAGAUUGAAAGACUUAAACAAGAGAUCCAGGCAGAAAAAAAUAAAACGCCGAGUUAG